AUGUCUCGUCUAUCUCAUUGGGAACUGACAGUGAUUGACCACCGCAUCGAUUGCAUGACAGACGACAAGCGUGCGCUCGCCCAGUUCUCUCUGGUCGGCCGACAAUACUACCCCAGGACAAAGAAUCCACCCAUACCGAUAGAUCCGAAUCUUCCUCAGAGAUCCGCUACUUCUAUUCUCGAAGUGAGGCCAAUCCCUCCUCGAAGUACUGCAGAAUCGCGUCGAGCUACUCUGUCGUUGCAUUGCGGUACACAACGAAGCGAACUUCAAACACCUCGCGGACAUCACAACGCUGUUGGAGAAGUGGAAAAGGUAGCCCUCAUCAGCGACUGUACAGAAUGGGGGUACUUUCCCGAGGAUGGGAAAGGAGCAAUCGGUUGUUUGUCUGCUCUCCCUACCAUCCAGAACGUCAAGAUUUAUCAGCAUCUCUUGAACGUGAGGUACUUGGCUCUCGAGGGAGUAAUGGUGGACUUUGAAGAGUUGGAAGCGGAUGGGCAUCAUAGUAAUGUGCGACCGGGCGCUGUGCCUAAGCUCGUCAGGCUCACACGUUCAUCGAGCCCGUACGGAAUCCUCGUGGCCCCUUCCGACUUCACAGACUCCGAGAGGCCUCACGACUCACAGUGGAUCCAGGCCAUGCGCAGAAGUGGCAAGAUAGCUGGAAGUCCACUUCAUCCAUCUUCUGAGGACGACCUAGAUGGUACUUAUCCACCAAUGACUAUCCUCGAUAUCUCUGAAGAAUCUGACCUUGGAAGACCUGACCAUCGAGUUGGUGGACCACGUAGUACUUGGACUUACCUCGACGACUGGCCUGUACCUGACAAAGCUGUCAACCCAGGACUAUCGAUCCUCGAACGCGUUGCAUUACGCGUUCAUGUAUCGGAAGCUCAUUUGGCGAGGUGGAAUGAGGUAGAACAGUGGCUUGUUUCUCUAAUGGUCAAUUUGGUCGCUUGUUCUGUCCGGUUUGAAGGGGAGAAAGUCGCUGAAACUUGA